AUGGCUGGCCCACACGGGGAGCGCCCGCGUUUUCUCGGGUUAAUCGUCAGGCCCGAAUUUGCACGAGCCGCGGGGACUGGAUCCCCGUUGUGCCGAGGCUCAGCCUCUGAGGCCGCUUUGGAGGCUGGAGACGCAAGGCGCCCCGCGCCGUCCUUGCGCUUCUGUCUGGGCUUGCGGCCUUUUCAGGUGAGACGAACUGACAGCGGAAGGGAGCUAAUAGUCCGAAAGCGGGAAGGAGGAAGGAGCGGCGCGCAGGGCGGGAUCGCCUCGGCAAACGCGCGGAGGUGGGAACCAGCGGAGCUCCAGAAACAGCCGCGCGCCUCGGCGGGGACACCAGAGGGGGGAAAUGUGAAGGAAAAAAGUCCGGGAAAUAGGCGGGAGCUGGCAAAGGGGUCGAGGCUUGCGUUUUAUGUCCAAGACAAUGAGGAGCCUCGGGAAGUACUGAGCGGGGACCCGUCGCAGCGAGUCCGGGCCAGCUUUAGCCCCGCCCAGCCCCUUGCCAGCCUCCCGCCGCCCUCCGGCCUCUUGCCCGGGGGCCAGGAAUCCAGCCCGUGCCAGGCGGGGCCCUCAGCGGCUGCCCCGCGCCCCCCUCCCCCGCUGCCCCCCCCGCCACAGAGUGGGGGCCGACUUGCGGCGCCGGCUGCAGCCGGUUACGGAACCAGAAGAGUUCCCGAAGCCUCGGUGGGCGGGCGCCCCGCGGAAGCAGCCGGGGGUCUGGGGCUGCCUGACCUCCGGGGGAUGGCCGCGGGCCGGGCGGGUUCAGGGGGCUGGGGCCGAGGGAGACGGGGAGGGGGGCCGCCGUUUGGCCUCCCGGGCACGUGCCGCCUCCGUCUCUGCCAAGGCGGGGCCUGCUCUUAG